UGUAGCAUUUAUAAUUACGAGUGCAGGUAAACCGGUAUAGGUCCCGUCAUCAUCUGAGAUCCAGUUUCAUUGAUUGAAUAGAGUGAAUUAUUUCGCUUUACUUAAUGAUUUAUAUUUAAAUAUUUAUCAUCAAACAUGUCUUUAAAAAAUGAAUCUAUUAUAUCUUUAUUCUCUGAAUAUUUACUUCGUGAACAUCGAAGUGAUAUCUAUCGAAUAUCCCUACUGAACUCAGAACCUCAUCAAUCUAUUAUUGUUCAUUUCAAUAAUCUCUGUGAAUUUAAUAGUAUCUUUUCAGAACUUUUGCUAUCUAAACCUAAUGAAACACUCAGUCUACUGAAUCAAAGUGUUUGUCAAGUUUUACAAUCCAAUCAGCUGGAAGAGAUCAAUAAAAGUCAAUGUGAACAAUCAUCUUUGAACAAAUCAAAAGUACACAUCCGUUUAACAGCACUACCGAUUAUACCAGAAGUGUAUAAAAAUCAUAUACCAACAUCAAAUGAUAUCGGAAAAUUUAUCGCGUUAAGAGCUAUUGUCAGUCGUGUUGGUCCUAUCCAAAUUAUUGAAGGUGAAGCAAAGUAUCUAUGUCAACAAUGUGGACACAUGUUCACUGUAUUAGCUAAUUAUGAAAAUCAAUAUACUAUUAAACCACCACGUUUUUGUCCUAAACGUCAAACCACAUCACAACCAUGUUCCAGUAUGAAUUUAAAACGUUUAUCAAUAGGAUCACAGUUUUCGGCUAAAAAUUAUCAAGAAAUUAGAGUACAUGAACAAUUCGGUUGUCUGACAGUUGGUGUUAUGCGUAAAUCGAUUUGUGUUUCUAUUGAAGAUGAUUUACUAGAGUGUGUAAAACCUGGUGAUGAAGUUGUUGUCAAUGGAAUUGUAACACGACGAUGGCGAUCGAUGAGAGAAGGAGCGCCCUGUGAAAUAUCCACCUACUUGAAAGCAAAUUAUAUUGAAAAUUUAACUGAAAUUAAAGCAGGCGGUGGACCAAGUCAAAUCUCUUAUGAAAGAGUAUUAGAAUUUGAAGCAUACUGGAAUAAGCAUAAAAGUUUUUGUUCAGCUUUAGAAGCUAGAAAUUUACUUCUACGUAGUAUAUGCCCAGAAGUAUAUGGAAUGUAUCUUAUUAAAUUAUCGUUGGCGUUAAUGCUUGCUAGUGCACCUGAAUGGCAUUCAACAUCCGGUGAAUCUUCAACAGGAGUUGAUGAACUCUCCAUACGUAUUCGAGGAAAUCCUCAUAUUCUACUUAUUGGUGAUCCUGGCACAGCGAAAUCAGUCCUCCUACGUGGUUGUACAGCUCUUUGUGAAAGAGCCGUAUUAACAGCUGCAACAGGAACUACUGCAGCUGGUUUAACUGCUACAGCUGUACGUGAUUCUAGCGGUUGGACAUUAGAUGCUGGUGCUCUUGUUUUAGCUGAUGGUGGCUUGUGUGCUAUAGACGAGUUUACUGCAUUGCAUGGAGCACAUCGUGCUGCAGUACACGAAGCAAUGGAACAACAGACGAUUAGUUUAGCUAAAGCUGGUCUCAUGGCUAGACUUAAUUGUCGGUGUUCUGUUUUAGCAGCUGCCAACCCAACUCCAAGUUCUGUUGCUAGUGGAAGUGAAGAUUUCGGACUACCAACUCCAUUGUUAAGUCGCUUCGAUUUGAUAUGGCGAUUAGUUGACCCGAUUGAUUCAGUUGAAUGGGAUCGUCGAAUUGCUAAUUUUGUUUUGGAUUUAGAUCAACCGAGAAACUCGACAAUGAAUAAUGGGAAAAAUAAGGCUUUAACUGUUGCUAUUGGAUACAUUGAAAGAAAAACAAAACCGAGAUUUAUUGUAUUGAACAUUGUAUACAAACAUCAUAAAUGA